AUGAUUGCAGCCUAUGCUCACCAUGGAUGUGGCGGUGAGGCAAUCAGCCUUUUCAAAGAAAUGCAGAACUUAGGAAUCAAACCCAAUGAUGUGACGUAUGUGGGGUUGCUUGCAGCGUGCAGCCAUGCUGGUUUGGUGGACGAGGGAUUGAAGUACUUUGACGAGCUCAUAAAAGACAAAUCAAUACAAGUGCGACAAGAUCACUAUUCAUGCUUGGUUGAUCUCUGUGGUCGAGCGGGGAGGGUCAAGGAGGCUUUUGAUUUUAUUCAGCAGCUUCCAUUUGAGCCUUCUGGUUCUGUUUGGGGGGCUUUUCUUGCUGGAUGUAAUGUUCACGGGAACACAAAUAUGGGGAAAUUGGCUGCAAAGAGACUUUUGGAAUUAGAGCCAGAAAAUGCAGGUACUUAUAUGUUGCUGUCUAACAUAUAUGCUUCAAGUGGGAAAUGGAGAGAAGCUGCGAGACUUAGGUUGAAAAUGAAGGACAAGGGGUUGAAGAAGCAGCCGGGUUGUAGCUGGAUUGAUGUCGGAAACAAGGUUCAUGUGUUUGUAGUUGGUGAUAAAUCACAUAGCGAAGCUAAUCUUAUUUAUUCUUUAAUUCAUGAUCUUCAUGUGAAAAUGAAGAAGGUUGGGUAUGUAUCAGACAACGAUUUUACAAUGGAAGAGGGUUUUCUGGUUACAUAA